UUGUUUGUAAUUGGCGCAGUUCGAUGACGUCAGCCGUAAGUGCCGUAGCCAGGCGUGCAACCACCGCCUCUGGGAGUUGAAGUUUCUGCAGGAGGACUGACGCGUGGAGCGGUGGGCACCUCAGAAAGGCGUUCUGACCAAACCCUGGCGUUCCCCAUCGGCCCCGCGGCUUGUUUUUCAGAAACAACAAAUAUGUCCUCUGAAGUGCUGCCGGCAUCUCUUGAGACUCCUAACGUGGAAAGAAAGCCAGGCGUGGGUGAAGGUGAAGAGGAGGGACAGAAGCCAAGAUCCGAUGCAGGGACUGGGCCACUAUCUAAACGACAGAUGAAGAAGCUGCUGAAGCAAAAACAGUGGGAGGAGCAGCGAGAACUGCGCAAGGAAAAACGGAAAGAAAAGCGCAAGAGAAAGAAGUUAGAGCGACAGUGCCAGCUGGAGUCCGGCUCCGACGGAAGUGACAGGAAGCGCAUUCGAAGACAGGCUGUUCAUAGCGGCCUCCGCCUCAUCAUCGACUGCAGUUUCGAUGAUUUGAUGGUGUUAAAGGAUAUUAAGAAACUUCAUAAGCAGAUUCAACGAUGUUAUGCAGAAAAUCGACGUGCAUCACAUCCUGUACAGUUUUAUUUGACAAGCCAUGGAGGUCAACUGAAAAAGAACAUGAAUGAAAAUGACAAAGGAUGGGUCAACUGGAAGGAUAUCCACAUCAAAUCAGAGCACUAUAGUGAACUCAUAAAGAAAGAAGAGCUGGUUUAUCUGACGUCAGACUCUCCUAAUGUACUGAAGGACUUAGAUGAGUCAAAGGCCUAUGUGAUUGGAGGGUUAGUGGACCACAACCAUCACAAGGGACUCACAUUUAGACAAGCGUCCAGUUAUGGAAUUGAACAUGCACAGCUCCCUCUUGCAGAUUUUGUGAAGAUGAACAGUCGAAAAGUCCUGGCGGUUAACCAUGUAUUUGAAAUUAUCCUGGAGUUCUUGGAAACGAGAGACUGGCAAGAGGCAUUUUUUACCAUCUUACCCCAACGGAAAGGAGCUGUUCCUGCACAUAAAGCCUGUGAAAGCUCUCCUCAGGACCAGCAGCAGCCCCAGCCAGAAGGGUGGGACAGUUCCCACGAGGGAGAGCAUUGCAGGAAUCACCCCGACUCACCACAGAAAGAAGAGCAGGGCCCGCAGAGCAGCCCGGUGUCCUCAGUGAGCCCUGUCCCACAGUGACCAACCUUCCCUAGCUGCCCUUCCACUGAGGGAGAGUCUAGAGUGUGUGGCGCCUCACAGAAUACUCAGACUACAAGAACACUGAUUUUUCUCUCAAACCUGUUGUGGAAUUUAGAGUUAAAUGAUAAUGAAAAACCUUUUAAGCACCAAGAAAGGAUUGUUUGGUUUUGUGUAAGAAGACUAAAAGGUAUGAUUUCAAAGUUGUUUGAAGCCUCAGAUCAGAGUCAUGGAGAAUGUUCCCCAUGCUAUGCCUUCCUUCUCCUCAUUCACUGGAGUGUAUGCUUCAGAGUGUGCCUUCUGAUUUAGCUUGGUUCUUCUCUGUUCCCCUCAGUGUCUUUUUGGUGCGAUCCUAUUUGUUGGAGCAGAUGUUGUGUGUAUCACUAGAAUGUUGGACUUGGGAGGCUGCCCUUCUGUCUGUAGCUUUGUGUUCAGUUUAGUUCUUUUGGAGAACUACAUUAAUUCUAGAAGGAAUACCAGUUGUUUGCAGGGCUCAGUAAUUCAUCCCUUUGAACAGUGGGGCCAUUCCUGCGCCUCCCUUGUGAUGCCUUCUCAUACUUUUGAAAUAAUCACAAGAAUAAUCUUAAAUUCCUUAAGGACAAUAGUUAAUUCAGUUACAAAAUGAAAUUUUUGCUGCCUAGAUUAUUUUACAAUGUUAUUUUUAAAGAAUCAAUUUGUCUUUACCCCAGUUUAAAGAAAAAAAAAACCUGUCCUUUCUUUCUAUAUAUUUUUCAUAUAUAUAACAUAUUUCUAUAUAUGUUAGCUUUUAAUGUGAAUAUUGAGCAUCUGCCUCCUACUGUAAUAUCCCAACUAAUGUAAAUGUGUGUUUCUGUAAAUAACAUAGGCAUGUAGGAAAAUGUGCAUGUAAUAAUGUGUAUAUCUGUCCACAUUUUAGUUCACAGUUACAGGACUGAUAUGUAUUGUUUGUGGAAUGGUUGUGUUGAAUGCACUAAUACCCAAGUCCACAAUCCACCAGUAGUUGGAAGCUGACAAAGGAAGAGGGAGCAGAAGGGAGCUGUUCACCGUCUGCGUGGUAAUCACAGAGAAGUACAGUCAGCCCCAACGCCCUUGGCACAAGUACAGUGGGUCUCCAGGAGCUGAACUGCGACAAAACCAGUUUCCGGUCUUCUCUGUUUAUUAUAUAAUGUGUCUGUGUGCUGACAUCACACUCAGAUGGAAGCUUAUUUAGAUUGAGUAUUGAUAUUGACUGUCUUUUGUUACUUGAUUCUUAGUUACCUGUUAUAGCGAGUUCUUUCGAAGUUCUGAAAGAAUAAAGUUCGUGUUGUUACUGUA